UUUUUUCUUCUUUCUUUUGUAGAGAGAAAAGGAAGCACUCACUCUUCUAAUUAUCAUAUUCCCUCCUUGAGAGGUCGUUGAUAUUCACGUAUAAUCCUCUCUCAAGCACAGGUUUUUUCUUUCGUUGUGUUUGGAAGAGAAAAUUAGAAACGAUUUGGUUUUUCUCUUUGUGUGUGUACUGAGCGAUCCUUCUUCUCUGCCCUUUGUAAUUUUCGCUCUCGCAAUUUCCUGCUCAGAAUUUCGUCUUUAUUUCUCUGUCGUGUUGCUUUGUGUUCAAGUAAUGUGAAUUACUUGAUUGCUUCGGUCGUAUUGCAGGAUUCUUUCCUGGAAGAGAGAUAGAGAUAAAGAGAGAGAGAGAGAGAGAGAGAGAGAAAGAGGGAGCGGGAGAGGGAGAUAAAGUUUCUGCUUUGGAGAGAUGAAGAGGUCGAGAGACGAUGUUUACAUGGGCUCUCAUUCUCAACUCAAACGGCCGGUGGUGUCUUCUCGCGGAGAAACGUCUGGUCAUGCGCAUUUGAUGGGAGGAGGUGGAGGAGCAGCAGCAGCAGCUGCAGGUGCACCACAGAAAUUAACAACAAGCGAUGCUUUGCACUAUCUCAAGGCAGUGAAGGAAAUAUUUCAAAACAAUAGAGAAAAAUAUGAUGACUUCCUUGAAGUUAUGAAAGAUUUUAAGGCCCAAAGAGUUGACACUACGGGUGUAAUAGCUAGGGUGAAGGAAUUGUUUAAAGGUCACCGAGAACUAAUUCUGGGUUUCAAUACCUUUUUGCCAAAGGGAUUUGAGAUUACUCUUGCAUCUGAUAAUGAACCUCCGCAAAAGAAGCCUGUUGAAUUUGAUGAAGCUAUAAAUUUUGUCAACAAGAUUAAGACAAGGUUCCAAGGUGAUGAUCGUGUUUAUAAAUCAUUUUUAGAUAUUUUGAACAUGUAUAGAAAAGAAAACAAAUCCAUCAGUGAUGUUUAUAUGGAGGUUGCAGCACUCUUUGAAGACCACACUGAUCUGCUAACGGAGUUUAGGCAUUUCCUACCUGAUACUUCAGCCGCAGGCUCUGUGAAUUACAUUUCAUCUGGUAGAUUCCGAGAUAGGAGCUCUGGCAUGCCUGCAAUGCGGCAAAUGGUUGUUGACAAGAGAGAGAGGACGGCUGCUUCUCAUUCUGAUCGUGAUCUUAGUGUUGAUCGCCCUGAUCUAGACCAUGAUAGAGGUUUGAUGAAAACAGAAAAAGAACAGCAGAGACGCGGUGAAAAGGAAGAGGAUAGGAGAGAUGACCGAGAGAGAAGAGACCAUGAGAGGGAUGAUAGGGACUUUGAGCAUGAUGGCAAUAGAGACUUCAAUAUGCAACGGAAAUGGAAACCUGGUCGUAGGCCUGAAGGCUCCAUGGGUGAGCAAUUGCACCAAGGUAUGAUUAGCCAAGAGCUUGCUUUCUGUGAGAAAGUGAAGGAGAAGUUACACAAUCCUGAUGAUUACCAAGAAUUUUUGAGAUGUCUUCAUCUCUAUACCAGAGAAAUAAUCACAAGAUCAGAAUUGCAAUCUUUGGUGAGUGAUUUACUUGGAAGAUAUCCAGAUCUUAUGGAUGGAUUUAAUGAAUUUUUGGCCCGCUGUGAGAAGAAUGAGGGCUUACUUGCUGGUGUUGUGAAUAAAAAAUCCUUGUGGAUUGAAGGAUAUCCUCCACGAUCUGUGAAGGUAGAGGACCGAGAUAGAGAUAGUGAAAGGGAUGACGUGGUUAAAGUCAGAGAUCGUGAAAAUCGGGAGAGAGAUAGACUUGACAAAUGUCUUGGAAACAAAGAGCCAGGUGGUCCCAGGAUGUCUUUGAUUUCCAACAAGGAUAAGUAUGUGGGAAAACCUAUUAAUGAACUUGACCUCUCAAACUGUGAAUGCUGCACUCCCAGCUACCGACUUCUGCCGAAGAGUUAUCCAAUACCAUCUGCAAGCCAAAGAACAGAUAUUGGUGCUCAAGUAUUGAACGAUCAUUGGGUAUCUGUAACUUCAGGAAGUGAGGAUUAUUCUUUUAAACACAUGCGGAAAAACCAGUAUGAGGAAAGCCUGUUUCGAUGUGAGGAUGACAGGUUUGAACUGGACAUGUUGUUAGAGUCUGUGAAUGUGACAACUAAGCGUGCAGGAGAACUAUUAGAGAAGAUCAACAACAAUACUAUCAAAGCAGAGAGUCCAAUUCGUAUUGAGGAGCACUUUACAGCUCUAAAUUUAAGGUGCAUUGAACGUUUGUACGGUGACCAUGGUCUUGAUGUGAUGGAGGUGUUACGAAAGAAUGCUUCCCUUGCUUUGCCAGUUAUUUUAACUCGCUUGAAGCAGAAGCAGGAAGAGUGGGCUAGGUGCCGUGCUGAUUUUAAUAAAGUUUGGGCUGAAAUUUAUGCGAAGAACUAUCACAAAUCGCUGGAUCAUCGUAGCUUCUAUUUCAAGCAGCAGGAUACCAAGAGCUCGAGCGCAAAAGCCUUAUUGGCGGAAAUCAAAGAAAUUAGUGAGAAAAAGCGCAAGGAAGAUGAUGUGCUUCUUGCUAUUGCUGCUGGAAAUAGACGACCUAUUAUUCCGAAUUUGGAGUUUGAGUACCCUGAUUCUGACAUUCAUGAAGAUAUAUAUCAGCUUAUCAAAUAUUCUUGUGGAGAAGUUUGUACAACUGAACAAUUGGAUAAAGUAAUGAAGAUUUGGACAGCCUUCUUGGAACCCGUUCUUGGUGUUCCUUCCAGGCCUGAGGGUGCAGAGGACACUGAUGAUGUUGUCAAAAGUAGGAACCAUUCUGUGAAAAGUAGUGGGGAAAGUGAUGGAAGCCCUGGUGGUGAUUCGGCCAUCAUAAAUUCCAAACCAAAUCCUUCCAGAAAUGGAGAUGAAAGUACUCCACAAGAGCAAUCAAGUUCUUCAAAGGCUUGGGUAAUAAAUGAAGAUAAUGGACCUAAAGUAGUUGGUUCUCUUGAUGCAGAUCAAACUCGUAAAAAUGAUACUUUUAGUUGUACUCACCACCAUGAUAAAGUGCAGCCUAAUCCAGGUAUGGCUGGUGAAAUUUCAGGGGUCAGUAAAGAAGUUGGCUGCAGUGAACGAUUGGUCAAUUCAAAUGCUUCACUUGCCAAUGGUGCAGAACAAAGUAAUGGGAGAACUAAAGUGGAAACCACAUCAGGGCUUGCCACUCCUUCCAGAACUUGUAAUGGCACCAUUGAGGGUGGUACUGAGUUGAGGUCAAAUAACGAAAUUGUGCCUUCAGAGCAGGGUGGUGAUAGUGUGCGACCAACUAUAUCCACCAAUGGGAUGGUGCCAGAAGGUACCAAAACUCAUAGAUACAAUGAAGAAUCUAUUGGACCAUUUAAAAUUGAAAGAGAGGAGGGUGAAUUAUCCCCAAAUGGAGAUUUUGAAGAGGACAAUUUUGCAGUUUAUGGAGAAACUGGUUUGGAUUCUUUGCACAAGGUAAAGGAUAAUUCUGCCAGCAGGCAGUAUCAAACGAGACAUGGAGAAGGAAGAUGUGGGGAAGCAGGGGGAGAAAAUGAUGCUGACGAUGAGGGUGAGGGUAGUGCUCAAAGAUCAUCAGAGGAUAGUGAAAAUGCUUCUGAGAACGGUGAUGUUUCUGGAAGUGAUUCUGGUGAAGUUGAGGAAUGCUCUCAGGAAGAGCAUGAAGAAGAUGGAGGCCAUGAUGAGCAUGAUAAUAAGGCUGAGAGUGAAGGUGAGGCUGAAGGGAUGGCAGAUGCCCAUGACGUUGAAGGUGAUGGAACACCAUUACCGUUUUCGGAAUGUUUUCUUUCGACUGUGAAACCUCUGGCAAAGCAUGUCCCUCAGGCAUUACAUGACAGAGAAAAUGGUUCUCGGGUUUUCUACGGAAAUGAUUCUUUUUAUGUGCUUAUAAGGCUACAUCAAGCAUUAUAUGAGAGAAUACAAUCUGCUAAGAUCAAUUCGUCUUCUGGUGAAAGAAAAUGGAAAGCUUCAAAUGAUUCAAGCCCUAAUGAUCUCUAUGCGAGGUUUAUGAAUGCACUUUACAAUUUACUUGAUGGUUCUUCUGAUAAUACAAAAUUUGAGGAUGAUUGUCGAGCUAUCAUUGGAACUCAGUCAUAUGUCCUAUUCACAUUGGACAAACUGAUCUAUAAACUCGUCAAACAGCUCCAAGCAGUUGCAGCUGAUGAGAUGGACAGCAAGCUUCUUCAACUACAUGCCUAUGAAAAUUCAAGAAAACGUGAAAGAUUUUUUGAUGCAGUUUAUCAUGAAAAUGCCCGUGUUCUUCUUCAUGAUGAGAACAUAUAUCGUAUUGAAUGUUCUUCUGUGCCAACCAGUUUGUCUAUUCAGCUUAUGGAUUAUGGGCAUGAUAAACCAGAGGUGACUGCAGUUUCCAUGGAUCCUAAUUUUGCAGCUUAUCUGUACAAUGACUUUCUCUCAGUUAUUCGUGAGAAAAAAGAGAGACCAGGAAUUUUUUUGAAGAGGAAUAAACACAAAUAUGGAGGUGCUGAUGAAUUUUCUUCCACACGCCUAGCCAUGGAAGGACUUCAAAUUGGUAAUGGGUUGGAGUGUAAGAUAGCGUGCAAUUCAUCCAAGGUCUCGUACGUCUUAGAUACCGAAGAUUUUUUGUUUAGAAGGAGAAGGAAUACGAAAAGUUUGCAGCAGAACAAUUCUUGCCGCAAUCAGGCAAAUUCUUCAAAUGGUGGCUCAGCUAGAGUAGAGCGGUUUCACAGAUUUCUAUCAAAUUGACAACGUUCUCUUUAUAACCUUCCAUGCCUUUGCUCCGUGGUGCCUUUCACACAUAUAUGUACACAGCAGCUACGGCACCUGAAAGCAUAAAAGCUUUUGCUGGAACAAUCUUUCCUGUAUUCUCAUAUUCCUGUCUCGUGAAGCAAAUAAUGUAAGUUUUGUGGCAAAAUUUAGCCACAAAUCAUGUAUAUAGAGGAAAUAUCUGAUGUAAAACCUAAAAUGUGGGUUUAUUUCACUUGGUCAUAUAUUUGUGUCCAACUUUCGAAAGGAUUCUUUUUUUUUUUUGACAUUCUUUUGUUUAAGGUGGGGUGGAGGAACCGCAGUUCUACUAUACAUUACUUCGUUUUCUUAGCAUUAUGAAAUAGCCUUUGUUCAA